AGUCACACGUGGGCAGCCUCAUAUGCUCCAGAAUCACAGACACAACUCGGUUACCAGGCAACAAGCUGACACGCCGGAGAUGAGCCCAGACCACGCCCCCUGUGUUACCCGCCGUGUAGUGGGCGUGGUCAGUUGAUUUCUCUGAUUCCGCGCAGGAACUGCGAGCUCCGCCUGGUAUUAGAUUUGGCCCGAGAGGCUUCCGUAGGAUACUGUGCCAUGUGAGCCUGCGAUAGAGGCUCGGAUCAUCACCAUGUCAGGAGAGGUGCCCAGUGAAGCCAAGGGGGCGGUGUUGAUGCCCAGCAACCCUCUACCGGAAGGAACGCCCCAGAUCCGAGGAUACGACUUCAACCGCGGGGUGAACUAUGACGCUUUGCUGCAGAGUUACCUCACCACGGGCUUCCAGGCCACGCACUACGGGCAGGCGGUGCAGGAGGUCAACAACAUGAUUGACGCCAAGCUGUCCUCCCCUGACGGAUGUAUCAUCUUACUGGGAUACACUUCUAAUCUCAUCAGCUCAGGAGUGCGGGAGACCAUCCGAUACCUGGCAGAACACAAGAUGGUUGAUAUAAUUGUCACCACAGCUGGGGGUGUAGAGGAGGACCUGAUCAAAUGCCUUGCUCCUACUUACCUAGGAGACUUCAGCCUGAAGGGGGCAGAGCUGAGGCCUAAGGGCAUCAAUAGGAUUGGGAACCUGCUAGUUCCCAAUAAUAACUACUGCUUGUUUGAGGACUGGAUAACGCCGAUACUGGAUCAGAUGGUGCUAGAACAAGACACUGAGGGGACCAAGUGGACACCAUCCAAGAUGAUCUCCCGUCUAGGAAAGGAGAUAAAUCACCCCGAUUCUGUGUAUUAUUGGGCUCAGAAGAACAAUAUUCCUGUGUACAGCCCGGCGCUCACAGACGGAUCAUUGGGGGAUAUGCUGUAUUUUCACUCCUACAAGAACCCUGGGUUGAAACUGGACAUUGUUGAAGACAUUCGGAGGCUGAACUCUUCGGUGGUGUUUGCUAAGAAGACAGGGAUGAUUAUCCUGGGCGGAGGACUGGUGAAGCAUCACAUCUGCAAUGCCAACCUCAUGAGGAAUGGUGCAGAUUACGCUGUUUAUGUGAACACUGCUCAAGAAUUUGAUGGGUCGGAUGCUGGAGCCAGACCAGAUGAGGCUGUGUCCUGGGGAAAGAUCCGCAUGGAUGCCAAUCCAGUUAAGGUAUAUGCAGACGCCAGCCUGGUUUUCCCGUUGCUUGUUGCUCAGACAUUUGCCCAGAGACGAGCAGAUUUCCCGGGCGAGGAGAAGGACUGAUGACGUGUAGAGGACAUGUAGACUUUUUUUUUUCCCCCCCAUUAUGGUUUGGGCUCUGCAUGCUGCGCUCCUGGCUGACACUCAGUUGCAUUGAGCUUCCAUCCUCUGCUGGGGUAAUAGAGAUAUCCAGGCGUACAACUAGAACACACGGCAUGGGUAUAGGAAAGUGUUCAGCUACCUGCUGCUCCCCCUCGAUGUUGGGUGACUGCAGUAUUCUGGGUAUUGUAGCCCUGUAUAUGCCAAUGUCUGAAGAGAGUCACCUCAAUCGCACAGUAAUGGUGGCCGUAUAUAAUGCUGGCUGACACUGGAAAUAUCCUCACUCCCUGACGACUGUCAGCAAAAGAAGGGUGGGCAUGUUGGUUUUCAAAAUGGCCGACCCUUUGUUAUCACAGGAGAUGCCUCCGUGGUCUGGUGCAGUUGUAGUUCCCAACCAGUGAUCCUCCAGCUGUUUCAAAACUACAACUCCCAGCAUGCCCAGACAGCCAAAGGCUGUCCGGGCAUGCUGGGAGUUGUAGUUUUGAAGCAGCUGGAGGCUCACUGGUCUAAGGUGCACAGCCAGUUUGCUAUUCACCUUGUAAGUUACUUACACUUAUUGAAGUUGUAAUUAUCUGGAUGUAUGCGGUUGAAGGCCUUGGAAAUAAUAAAGAGAUUGUUU